CUCUCCCUCUCUCUAUCUAUCUCUCUCUCCCUCUCUCUAUCUCUCUCUCUCUCUCUCUCUCUCUCUCUCUCUCGCUCUCUCAGCGACAUGUUUCUUACCCUUCUCUCUAAGUUCUUUCUCUCCACACAACAGACAACAGUCUCUCUCUCAUUCCUCUGCAGCCUGUAGUAACCCUCCAAGCUAGCUGUCGUUCCUCCAUCUCUUCAACCGAAAGAUGGAACCUGCAGCAAGUAGAUGAGCCAGCAAGGUUCAGCCUUCAGCCCAGAGGGAGAGAGAUUCCAGUGUUUGUUGGCGUUGGUGUGCUAUAUGUGUGUAUAUGUGUGUGUGUCUGCCGAGAGAAGAGAGGACUGCCUUCCAGUGUGUGUGUGUGUGUGUCGGAGUGACAGUGUUUCCUUGCUUGAGCGGGUGAGUGAGUGUGCGAGUUUCUUGCUCUGAAUAGAAGGAGAACAGCAGCUCACUAGUGUGUUCAUAUGAAUGGAUGCAUGAGCAGUGUGAAUGAGAGUGUUUUUUCACAGUGUGUGUGUGUGUCCUCCUCUCUGAGGAGUAGUCAGAGGGCAGCUCUCUCCCCCUGGCGGGUGUGUGUGUAGAUGGCAGUGUGUGUGUGUGCUGCCCUGUCCCCCCUCCUCCUACUCCUGAGCUGUGGUGUAGCGGGAGGAUACCCCUUCAGAGCCCCCAUGGUCCUGGAUGUCACCCCCAGGAUCACUGUGACUACCAGCGGUCUGUUGGGCUGUAGGUGUUUCCAGUCCUCAGUAGUGAACUACAGUACUCUGCUACUAGAGGAGGACAGGGGUCUUCUCUACGUGGGGGCCCGAGGGGCCGUGUUCGCUCUCAACGCCACAGACAUCUCAGACAGCACAGCUCGCACUAUUGAAUGGGAAGCCUCGAAGGAGCAGAAGCAGCAGUGUCUGAGCAAAGGGAAAGACGAUAAGACAGAGUGUUAUAACCACAUCAGGUUUCUCCAGAGAUUUAAUUCCACUCAUCUCUACAUGUGUGGGACUCACGCCUUCAGACCUCUUUGUGCGUACAUAGAUGAGGAGCGGUUUAAAGUGUCGUCUGAGUUUGAGGAGGGUAGAGAUAAGUGUCCGUAUGGACCUGCAACAGGCUACACUGGCUUCAUCGUGGACCAGCAGAUGUACACAGCGUCUCAGUAUGAGUUCCGGUGCUCUCCGGACAUCCGGCGUAACGACCCCUAUCCCAUGGUGAGGACAGAGGAGGCACCCACACGCUGGUUUCAUGAGGCUGACUUUGUGGGCAGUGCCCUGGUGAGGGAGAGUGAGGGCAGUACUACCAGAGAUGACGAUAAAAUCUACUACUUCUUUACCGAGAAGAGCCAGGAGCAGACACCAUACUACAGCCACAUUAGAGUGCCACGGGUUGGACGAGUCUGUAAGGGAGAUAGAGGAGGUCUGUUGACCCUCCAGAAGAGGUGGACAUCAUUCCUAAAGGCCACACUGGUGUGUUCGCUGCCAGAAUACAACUUACACUUCAACGUGUUGAGGAGUAUUUACACGCUGCCGGGACACACACCUCACGACACACUCUUCUACGGCAUCUUCGGUCCCGAUUGGAAGAACGUGAAGAUAUCAGCAGUGUGCCGGUUCUCUCUGUCUGAGGUCCAACGGGUCUUUGACGGACCCUACAUGGAGAAUCAGGACUAUGGAGCCAAGUGGAGCGAGUACACUGGAAAGGUCCCUGACCCACGACCUGGAUCAUGUAUUACAGACCAGUUGAGAUCCAGAGGUAUAAACUCCUCCACCUCCCUGCCAGACGACGUGUUGAACUUUGUGAGGAGACACCCUCUGAUGUCCCAGCAGGUCAUGUCUACAGAGCAGCGCCCCCUGUUGUUCAGGAGGACCACAGACUACACCCAGCUGGUGGCUCACAGGGUGGAGGGGCUGGACGGGCAGAACUACCAUUUACUGUUCAUGGGCACAGACGAUGGCUGGCUGCACAGAGCUGUAGAGGUCAAGGGUCAUCUACACAUCAUAGAGGAGCUACAGCUGUUUGACCAACCACAGCGUGUGGAUAGCCUGGUUAUUUCACAUACACAGAUGAGUGUGUAUGUAGGUUCUCCCUCUGGUGUGGUCCAGCUACCUCUCUCCACCUGCAAUAGGUACAAUUCCUGUUACGACUGUAUCUUCUCCCGGGACCCAUACUGUGGCUGGGAUGGACAGGACUGUUUGGAUAUCACAGCACAGACUGACAGGUCUAACCUGACCCAGGACGUCCUGUAUGGGAACAGAGGAUGUGACAAUGAGCCGAUCCAGCACCGGAGCCGGUCUGUAAUGGUGGGAGAUGACGUGCUGCUCCAGUGUGAAAUUAGCUCCAAUCUGGCAACCCCAGUGUGGACUCUGGACGGGUCAGAGUUGCAGGGCUAUGGCCUGGACUCUGGCUUCAGGGUGGGCACCGAUGGCCUCCUGGUCAUCGAGUCCCAACCGGAGCAGAGCGGCGAGUACACCUGCCACGCCCUUGAGAACGGCGUCCGGGUUGCUGUGGUUAAGUACUCUGUGACGGUACGUCUAGACAUGCCACACCCCCCUCCCCCACCCAUCGACCCAUCCCAAGACCAUCCCUUCUACCCUCCUCCUCCACCCCUCACCCCGCUCUUCCACCCCUCACCCCCUUCCUCUGAGAGGCCCCUG